AUGCGGCACGCUGGCCUAUUGCUACUCUUUAGCUGCUGCCUCAGUCUGGCGCGGGGCCAACUCUUCAGCCUGCCGACUGUCGAUCGGGACAUGCAGGAGCUGGCACAGGCCACGUUGCACGUGGCCAGUCGCUACAUUGCCACAAGGAUCAAUACGCUGGUCGUGAGGCGGCACUGCCUUCAGUGCGGCAAUGCAACGGAUCAUCAGCAGCGGCAGCUUAUCGACCAGCUGCUGCGGCAGCUGGCGAUGCACAUGACACUGCUCCUGUACAGGGGCGCCUCCGAUGAGCAGCCCUGGGACUACACGCUCUUCGUGGUGAAUGAGGCGACAGCUUUUGAGCAACUCUAUCUGAACUAUACGUACCUCCUGCACGAACGGGAGUUCUACUUUCUGGUGGUGCUCAUGACUCGCCUGCCGGAGCCAGAUCUGCAACGAUCGGUGAGUAAGAUCUGCUUUGUGGCUCUCGGGAAGCGCGUCAUCAACGUGGUGGUCCUGGCGCAGCAAUACGAUGGCGGGAUCGCCCUCUAUGCCUAUAGACUGUUCCGCGAGCACUGCGAGCCGGGAAUACAUGCCUAUCAGAGCAAUCGCUUCCUGGCCAAUGGCGAGCUUCUGCAUCCGCAACUGUUUCCCACACGCUUCACCAAUCUGAGCCACUGUGCGCUCAAUGUGACCGGGCAUCAGUUGCCGCCACACUUCAUGUACCGACCGGCAGAUGGCGCCGCCUUGCCAGAGGAGGGUGCGCUGAUCAAUAUGCAAGACCUGCGCGGCAUUGAUGGGGAGCUGCUGAGUCUGCUGGCGAGAGCGCUGCGUUUUAACAUUAAUCUCAAGAUACCCAUGGAGAAGAGCGAGAUCUUUACCGCUGACAGUAUGAACGGCUGCUUUGCACAGCUGGCAUCGGGGCAGGCGGAUUUGGCCAUUGGCGGCUUCAGCGGCUCGGAUAAGCGUCGCCUGCAGUUCUCCACCUCGGUGGUGUAUCAUCAGAGCUAUUUUAUCUUUGUGGUGCGCAUGGAACAGUUUUUUGGGCCCUUUGGCCAAAUGAUGCGCCCCUUUGGCCGCUUCGUUUGGCUCUGCCUGUUGGGCACGCUGCUGGCGGCUCUGAUCUGUACUCGGUGCAUGCGGACGCGCUGGCGUCUAAAGCAUCCGCUGGAGAAUCUGUUGGCCACAUCCGUUGGCAAUGCGGUGCCCGUGCAGCGUUUGCCGGUAAGCGGCUUCCUGCGGCACCUGCUGGCCAGCUGGCUGCUGCUGACCCUGGUGCUCCGCUGCGCCUACCAGGCGAAGCUAUUCGAUGUGCUGCGCACGCACCAGCAUCAGACGCUGCCCCACGGACUGGCCGGGCUGCUGCAGCAGAACUAUACGCUAAUCAGCACGGGCUAUCAUGACUUCUAUCCCCGCGAGCUGACCCGCGUGAUCGAUGGCAACUUCUCGGAGCGCUAUCAGCAGGUGCAGCAGGCGGCGACGGGGGAGCGCCUAGCGACCAUCUCUCUGAUCAACAAUCUGGCCCACUGGAAUCGCUUGCAUCGGAAGAACAGCCAUCUGACCCAUGUGCGCGAGCCGAUCUAUUUGUAUCAGCUGGUCAUCUACUUUCCCAACAACUCCAUCUUCAAGUUCUCCUUCGAUCGCAAAAUCGAGCAGCUGCUCAGCUCGGGCGUCCUCUCCCACAUCGAACGCCGCUACCUGCCCGUCACCUUUGUCGACAUGAGCAACAACAUGGAGCGCGUGACGCGCAUCACCAACGACAUGCUGCGCGGCCUCUAUCACUGCUACGGGGCUCUAAUGACCCUCGCCGGAUUACUCCUGCUCCUCGAGCAUCUGGCGCUUCGUUGGCCUGCGCUGCGGCGCCUCUUCGACUGGCUGCAGUAAGGUCUGCGGCUCUCCCUUAUCUAGUUUAUUGAUUUUGUUGGCAACUCUUGGCAAGCUCGGCCACUCAAGAGCUUUGAAUGCUUUCAGCCUGGUUAAUGGUCAACUGAAAUGCUAUCCUUGCUGCAACUGCUCCUUGUGCGUGCCUGUGUGUCUCUCUCUCUCUCUCUC